UUGAUUCUGUUGUGUGAAUGAGAACUGUCAACGGUAGGAGGACUCACCUCGAUGUUUCCAGAUGCCGAAAUAUUACAGUACCGACUGAAAACAGCCAAAAUCAGAGUAGCAAAAUAGGAGGAACUGGAAAACGCUAGUCAUCUCGUUGGCAGAACCAUGGCUAUGACGACGGUCUCCGACGUCCUCCGGUUGUGUUUCCACAGCCACGGGGACUCUGUCCUCCAGAAGAUGAACGUUCUCAGAGAUGAGCAUAGAUUCUGCGAUGUCACUCUUAUCCUACAGGGGGCGCCAAAGCUUCGUUUCCCGGGCCACCGUGUGGUGCUUGCAGCCUCGUCCUCCUUCCUCAGAGACCAGUUCCUGCUGCGUUUGCAAGACGGGGAGGAGGAGUUGGAGCUGGGGGCAGAAGUGGUGCCCAACUCUGAGGUGGGUCGUCGGCUGCUGUUGUCCUGCUACACGGGGGUCCUGGAGGUUCCUCUGAGGGAGCUGGUGGGCUACCUAACGGCCGCCAGUGCCCUCCAGAUGAGCCAGGUGGUGGAGAGAUGUGCCCAAGCCGUGUCCCAGUACCUCGACCCCACCCUGGCCAACCUGAAGCAGGAGGUCAGCUCUGAGACCACCCCCCCCCAGCCGGACAGCGUUAGGUCCAUGGACGAAAGCCUGGGGCUGGGCUAUGGAAAAGGGGAGGCCGGGGGGCGUGGAGGGUUCCAGCAGUGCCUUUCAGAAGACACAGAGUACUCCCUUCAGCAGGUCCACACCAACAACCCUGCACCUUACCCUGUAGGAGCCAACCGGCGUAAGCAGCGCCCGCCCACACCAUGUAGGUUGAAAGACCAUAGGACGCUGUCUCCGCCAGGAAGUCCGACACACACCUCAGGAUUGGCUGACAGCUCCCAGGGGGAGGGGCCUGGAGAGGAAGAGUACAUGCUGGCCAGUCACAUGCAAGAAGGUGGAGCCUCCCCUGACGAGUCGUAUCUCAGCCUGGGUGCAGGGCUGAUGGGGGCGGAGCUGGGGACCGGGCCCAUGCUGGGCCACCUAUCAGAGAGGGCAUAUCUGUGCCGCAGAUGUGACCAGGUGUUCCAGCACCUGGACAGCUACGUGCGUCACUUGAGGGAGCACCGCCAGUACUUGUGCCUGCUUUGUGGGCGGAGCUUCUCCCAGAAGAGCAACCUGACGCGACACGUGCGUGUGCACACGGGCGUCAAACCCUUCCAGUGUCCGCUCUGCCACAAGACCUUCUCCCAGAAGGCCACGCUGCAGGACCACCUGAACCUGCACACGGGGGACAAACCUCACAAGUGUAACUACUGUGCUGUCCACUUUGCCCACAAACCGGGCCUCCGGCGCCAUCUGAAGGACAUCCAUGGGAAGAGCAGCCUGCAGAACAUCUUUGAGGAGCUGGUGGACUGAGGGAGGGGGGAGUUGGUGGACUGAGGAGGAGGCUGGUGGACUGAGGAGGAGGAAUACGGAAGAGUAAGAGAAUACCAAGGUGGAGGAGGAGGUGGAUCCAUGGAGAAAGAGAAGGACAAGAGGAAGAGGAGGAGUCCCUUGGUGGAACGUGCCCCCCCCCCCCCAUAUCUCUGACUAUACUGUUGAAGUACUGCGCUACUGUGAGCUUCUGUGUGUUUUCCUGUAGUCGUCCUCUGUUUCGAGCUUCAUCCGUCUGUAGCCAGGAAGUGGUCAUCACACACAGCAGCAGAAGGACUGUCCAGGCUUACCUCUGCUUCGGUCCACCAGGGAGGCUGACUGACACGCUUUCACAUCAGCACAUCAUCAAAGAUUCAGUCUUUAGCCAUACAUCUGCCCUUUACAGAUCCAGCCUAAUGCUGGAGUUCCCUGCUAACUACCGCUGCCUUGAGACAUUUAUUGGAAUUGUGAUGUAAAGAUUCGUUUUCCCGAAAAUUGUACUUGUAGUAAGAGGUUGAAGGGAUGCGCUCGUUUCCUCGUUCUCUGGGUAAUGCACUUUAUUUUUCCUUCAUUUCCUUUUUCUAUUAGACUUAAAUGAGGGCUUUUGAAUGCGUAUUUCCUGAAGUGGACGAGUACACAAAGGGAAUGUGUACAACGUUGUGUGUUUGUUCGUCUUUAAAAUUCACGUCUGCUCGUUAUUUAUGAUAAAUAAUACAAUGUGUCGUUUGCUCAACUCCAGGUCUCAACUGGACGUAGUUCUUGAGAACAGAUAUGAGGUUCUGUUACAGUAGACAAUACUUAUGCUACAUGCAUACUACAUGUGAGUGUUCUUUAGGUCCGUUAGGUCAUGUGUCCUGCUGCGGUCUCCGAGGCCAUGAAUAAAUGAUGAAAC